AUGGUAGACUCACAGACUCAGUGGUACAUGUUCCGGGGUUGUUAUACAGGAGCACUGCAGAGAAUAGAGAUGGAGAAUAGCACCGUGAAGAUAAAGUUCUUUCAGGGAUUCAAUGACCAUCCAGAACUACAGAAUGUGCUUAUUGCUAUGUUUUUGUCCAUUUACUCUGUUAUGCUCAUGGGGAAACUUAGGAUGACACUCUGUGUGGGAGGUCAGUGCCCCUUGCACACCCCUAUGUACUUUUUUCUGUGCGUAUUGUCUUUCAUAGAUGCAUGCUACUAUUCCGUCAUCGCCCCCAAGUUACUUGCUGACUUGCUUUCCAAUAAGAAGACAAUUUCUUACAAUGGUUGUGUGGCACAGUUAUAUUUUUUUUGCUCUUUGGUUGACAUGGAAUCUUUCCUAUUGGCUGCCAUGGCUUAUGACUGGUAUGUAGCCAUCUGCAGGCCACUGCUCUAUUCGGUUAUUAUGUCCAAAAGGAUUUGCUGCCAGCUUGCCAUUGGAGCCUUUUUGGGAGGCCCCAUGAGCUUGGUUAUUCACACCACUAAUACCUUUUAUCUGUCUUUCUGCUCCGAAGAAAUUAACCAUUUCUUUUGUGAUAUCUCCCCACUCUUCUCUCUGUCCUGCUCUGACAUGUAUAUACAUGAUGUUGUUCUGGUGGUCUUCACUAAUUUGGUGGAAGCUAUCUGCCUUCUGACAGUUCUCUCUUAUGUCUGCAUCGUAGCAGCUAUUCUUAAAACAGGUUCUUCCCAGGGAAGAAGAAAAGGAUUCUCCACCUGUGCUUCCCAUUUGACUGUGGUCACUAUCUACCACAGUACGCUGAUUUUCACUUAUUUGCGCCCCAGUACUGGUCAGUCCCUGGAUAUUGACAAAGUGACCUCCAUGUUCUAUACCUUGAUUAUACCUAUGUUGAACCCCCUGAUUUACAGUCUAAGGAACAAAGAUGUGAAAAAUGCCUUUAGGAAAAUGAUGAGCAGGAAAUUGCUUUAUUAA